GUUUGCCGGUCCCUUCUUGCUGUGUCUCGUAGCUCUCACUUAAGUUUCCCCUGAGUUUCGUAAUUAUUCUCUAUUAUGCGGUUUUAGGUUUUCUUUCAAUUGCACUGAUGCAAUGCAAGAUUCUGAGAAUAAUCCCGACCAUGGUGAGCGGUCAAAUGAAGGCAGAGAAGAAGAGAAAGCUUCAGAGAAAGGACCGGACAGGGAUAAUUCGGAUGACGAGCCAGUUAUCGACGUUUCGGGGAAAGCAUGGGAAGUUUCUCUUUUGGAUAGCUCCAAGGAACCAAUUAAGGGGUUAUACUUGUACAGAAACGUGUUCAAUUUAAUUCCUCAGUCUUUGGGGAAACUCAAGUGCUUGAAGACCCUGAAAUUCUUUGCGAACGAGAUAAAUCUCUUUCCGUCGGAGACUGGGAAUUUGGUUGAGCUGGAAUGCUUGCAAGUGAAGAUAUCAUCUCCCAGCUUGUCAGGUCUGCCUCUGCACAAGUUGAAAGCUUUGAAAGAGCUCGAGCUUUGUAAAGUUCCCCCGAGACCUUCGGCUUUUCCUAUAUUGAGUGAGAUUGCGAGCCUCACGUCCCUGACUAGGCUCUCUGUUUGCCACUUUUCUAUUCGAUAUCUUCCUCCCGAAAUCGGCUGCCUUAGUAAACUAGAGUUUUUAGACCUUUCAUUCAAUAAGCUGAAGAAGUUGCCUAAUGAGAUUAUUUCAUUGAAUUCCCUGAAGUCAUUGAGGGUUUCCCAUAAUAAAUUCGUUGAAAUGCCUUCCACUUUGUCCUCUCUACGAAGCCUUGAAAGUUUGGACCUGUCAUAUAAUCGACUCACAUCAUUGGGGUCUCUCAACCUUGCUAUGAUGCAUACCCUCCAGAAAUUAAAUCUUCAGUACAAUAAGCUUUCUGAUUGUUGUCAAAUUCCGCCAUGGAUACACUGCAAUCUGGAAAGUAAUGGUGAAGACACAUCCAGUGAUGAAUUUAUCAGUUCUUCAGUCGAGGUGGAUGUUUUAGAUGCUUCUGUUCAGAAGGAUGAGGACAAUCCUUCCAAUGUAGGUUCUCCUAAUGCAUCAUCGAGUACAUUGAGUGAUGCUUUAUCAAACACUAGAUGUUCCACAGCACGGAGAAUGAGAAAGGGGUGGAAGCGACGUGAUCAUUUGCAGCAGAGAGCUCGCCAAGAGCGGUUAAAUAACAGUAGGAAAUGGAGAACUAAAGAUCACAAUGAGAUAAUGAAUGUGAAAAUGACCACAAAAUGCACACCAUGCAAACUUACUGAGCUUACUUCUGAUACUCUUGUUGAGUCUACAAGCGUUUUUAAGGACAUUGAUGACGAUAACAUUAAUAGGCAUUCUGAACAAGCUGAAUCUCACAUUUUGUUUGCUCAGAUAGAUGAGAAAAUUGGCUCAAGUAAAGUGCACACUGGUGAAAGCUGCUCAAGCCUUUCCUUUGACUCUGUUGACAUUUGUAAAGAGUGCAACCAUGAAAAUAGGGUACAAAAUACAUCCUUGGUUGGUUCACUAGAUGGAAUUGAUGACCAGGAAGAAGACUCAUCGUCAGAAGCAUCUAAAAAUAAUCCAAAGUCAAAAAGGCAUUCAGAUAGGGAUCUUGACAAUCCCAAACCAAGCAAGUCUAGGAGACCAGUCAGUGACCCCUCAAAUAUAUCCUGCAAGUAUAGUACUGAAUCGUUUUGUAGCAUUGAUGACCGUAUACCCGAUGGCUUUUAUGAUGCAGGGCGGGAUCGCCCUUUCAUGUCACUUCAGAGUUACGAGAGUUUGUGUCGUGAGUCACGUGAAGUAAUACUUGUGGACAGAGAAAGAGAUGAGGAGUUAGAUGCAAUUGCUUUGUCUGCACAGGCAUUGGUAUCUGGCUUGAAGCAUUCCACUGAUUCAGUAGAUGGGGAAAAAUUCACUAUUGAUAAUCUGCAGGUUGCAUCAGUACUUGCUUUAUAUGUUUCUAGUUGUUUUGGCGGCAGUGAUAGAAAUGCUAUUGUUGAAAGGGCACGGAAAGCUGUGGCUGGAUCAAAUUAUCAGAAGCCUUUUGUAUGUACUUGCGCAACUGGGAACAGUGAUCAAAAUGGGAAAUUCACUAAACAAAUUUUGGGCAAUGAAUUUGACUUCAUUGAUUUGUGCGAGAAAUCCUUACGGUCUAUCAAGGAAGCCCGCAGUUCCAACAUUGUCCCUAUAGGCACUCUGCGAUUUGGUGUCUGUAGGCAUAGAGCGGUUCUUAUGAAGUAUUUAUGUGAUAGGGUGGAGCCUCCUGUUCCUUGUGAGCUUGUGAGAGGCUAUCUAGAUUUUAUGCCACAUGCCUGGAACAUCAUUCUUGUCAGAAGAGGUGAAUCAUGUGUGCGGAUGGUUGUUGAUGCUUGCCAUCCAACUGAUAUAAGAGAAGAGACUGAUCCCGAAUUUUUUUGCAGGUAUAUUCCUUUGAGCCGGAUUCUUAUUCCAAUGAAGAAUGGAAACAUGGCUAGCUCGGUUUACUCUUUUCCUUCUCUUUCAUUAUAUGAUGAAAUUGAAAAGGCAGCAUCAAGUUCUCUGGUUCGCUGCAAAUUUGGGACAGUGGAAGCUGCAGCAAAGGUGCGUUCUAAGUGUGUUGAUUCAAUGGAGGAAAUGAGGAAUUUUGAGUACACUUGUCUGGGGGAAGUAAGAAUGUUAGGGGCUUUGAAGAAACACUCCUGCAUAGUAGAAAUUUUUGGACAUCAAAUCUCGUCUAAGUGGGUUCCUCUACUAGAGGAAAAUAAGGAGCGCCGUUUAUUACAGUCGACAAUUGUGAUGGAGUACAUAAAGGGGGGUUCCUUGAAGAGUUACAUAGAGAAGCUUACCCAAGAUGGUCAGAAACAUGUCCCAAUUGACUUGGCAUUGUUUGUUGCUAAAGAUGUUGCCUGUGCAUUAACAGAGUUGCAUGUUAAACACAUUAUUCAUCGCGACAUUAAAAGUGAAAAUAUUUUGAUUGAUUUGGAUAAGAAGAGAAGUGAUGGCUCUCCAAUUGUUAAGCUCUGCGAUUUUGAUAGAGCAGUCCCCCUUCGUUCAUUCUCACACACAUGCUGUAUUGCCCAUGUUGGAAUACCUGCUCCUGAUAUUUGUGUUGGAACACCUCGCUGGAUGGCUCCAGAGGUGCUGCAGGGAAUGCAUAAUCAGAAGAAAUAUGGGUUGGAGGUGGAUAUAUGGUCAUAUGGGUGCCUACUUUUGGAAUUGUUGACUCUGCAAGUCCCUUAUGCUGGAUUGCCCGAAUCAGAAAUUCAUCGAUUACUUCAGAUGGGUAAGCGGCCACGGCUGACAGAUGAACUGGAAGCAUUGAGAUUUUCAGAGGAGCCUGCAAAGAGUAGAUCAAAUACAGAGCGAGUGGACUUGGUAGAGACUGAAGCAAAAAUAACGAGAUUCCUGGUUGAUUUAUUCCGUAGAUGUACAAAUGGCAAUCCUGCUGACCGACCUACAGCGGGGCAACUCUAUGAGAUGCUGCAUGCCCGUGCCAAUUCCUUCUUGAGUGCACCAAGCUAAGGAACUCGAAGCUGGAGUUGACCUACCUACUAAUCUAUUCAUACUGCCAUUCCCUCCCAAUUUUGCAGCUUGUAACACUUAGGGUGUCUGUUUUUCGCCAAUGUUCCUUGGAUGCAAUAAUUCAAGCUUUGCCUCAUUGCUUAUCAGCAUGGUGGCACUAUGUAGGAGUAGUUUUUAAUUAUUC